AUGAACGUCACACGCCCGGCGCGAUGCCUUCUCUGCAGCUUUACCCGUGCUGCCACCCCGAGCACGCGAGUCCCUCGCCGCCAAUUCCAUCCUACUCCCGCGGCUCUCUCGAACCGGAAACCCAAGUUCCCCAAUGUUAAGGCUCCCGAGACGGAAAAGUUCAAGGCCUACACAGAAGAGCAGAAGGCUGAGCUCGCCAAGGAGUACUCCGCAGCACAGAUGGCCGCCAUCGAGGCCGGCGAAGCUGCUAUCGACCCGAAGGAUAUGGCAGAGCAGCUCAACGAACGCUCUGACCCCAUGGGAUUCAAAUACAUCGACGACUUCUCCGUGAUCGAACCCGGCGUUGAUCGACACCAGCGCGCCCCGGAGUCGAACUCUGAUUACAACUUCACGAUGAAGACCGAGGCAGAUUUCAUGAAGGACUUCGGCCAGUUCAUCGCCGAGAUGCCUGAGAAUGCGACAGGCGCAGACUUUGUUCGAUUCGCAGAAAACCUGCGCGUCACCCGCGGAAAGGAGGAGAGCGAGCUCGACCCCCACAGUGCGCUUGUACCGGACCUUUUCGGACCCGGCGAGACUAUCGAUGAGCCCCGUGUGGAAGAGCGCAAGACAGCCGCUGAGAAGGGCGAGAAGGAGCGGUCCGCGGAGGCGGAGGAAAUGACAGAUGCCCUCAAGAGCUUGCUUUUGGCUACAGGCUACACGGAGAAGCAGGUUAAGGAUCUCCGCACCAAGACCCUGGUCUCGCACAGCGUCACCAACCAGACCCGACUAGGUAAGGUCCGCCGUGCAUACCGCCUUUCUAUUGCUGGUAACGGCAAUGGUCUGCUCGGUAUCGGCGAGGCCAAGUCCGACGAAGCUUCCGAUGCUAAGAUCCAAUCGCAAUACCGUGCCAUCCGAAACAUGCAGCCUAUUCCCCGCUACGAGAACCGCACCAUCUACGGUGAUGUCAAGGGCAAGGUUGGAGCUACCGAGCUUCAAUUGAUGCACCGUCCCCCAGGCUUCGGUCUCCGUGUUCAGUACCUCAUCUAUGAGAUGUGCCGCGCCAGCGGUAUUCACGACCUGUCCGCCCGAGUUGGCCGCUCAAGGAACCAGAUGAACACUGUCAAGGCCGCCUACGAGGCGCUCAUGAGCCAGCGUAACCCCGAGCAAGUUGCUCACGCACUCGGCAAAAAGAUUGUCGAUGUGCGCAAGGUGUACUACGCAGGUAAGGUCUAG